CACAUUGGUCUCUCCCCUCCCCCUGAGCAGACGGUUCUUACUGACAGCUGUUCUUAAUUUGAGAUUAGUGAGUCCCGGGGUUUGGAAACCAGACCCUCCCCCCGUCAACUGUAGGGAACGUUUUGGGUGCGCUUAUGUUGGGUAUUUUCCUGGGCAAAAGGACUGAAGCUGUCAUCUGAUUCUUUAAGAGGUUCGUGUCCCAAGAGGGGGUUAAAUUCUCUUGGUUUAGAGAAAGAGGGCCCACCCAAAGGCCAAACACACAGCAGGUCGGGAAACGACUCUGAAGUCACUCCUUGUCCACCUCCCAAGGUCGGGCGAGACACUGGCACGCCCCAAGAGGAAUCUUCAGAAAAAGGGUCAGAUCGGGUCCUUAAACAGCUCAGGUGCGAAGCUGAAUCGCCCUUCUGCGGAAAGAGGGGAGACAGUACUUGUUCCUAUGGUCCCUCCCUUACCUUAGUCCCAAGAAGAGGUCAGACACCGGGAAAUGGGGCGGAGGCGCUUAGUCUCAUCCACCUGCCACUCGGAUCCCCACUCCCAAGCGGUUGCUCAGACAUUGGCAUGAUGGGGAAACUCGAUUGAUUUUGUUACCUCCUAGAGGGAAAAUGCCGCGAGCGGAGGUGUCUGAACGUCCCUUCCAACGCGAGCUGGGUGGUGCUCUAUUGAUUUUUACGCGAUCCCGGGGCGGGAGCGAGAGGAUGGGCUCGGAUUCCCGGGCUCCAGGACUGAAGGCCUGGCAGUGUCCCCGGGGGCAGAGCCACCCAGGGAGCCCGUGCAGUAUACAAGGUGGCGGGGCCCGGAGAGGAAGCACAGCGCAGACGAGGGUGAGGGGCCGGUAGAAAGCAGGGUGGGGGACCGGGUGGAACACAGCCACCUAGGACAAAGUACCACCCACCCCAAACUUUCGCAGACCCGGGAGCUUAGGAGGGGAGAGCCCAGCAGCACAGCAGCCUCUCCGCCGCUCAACGUGCCCAGUUGCAGCGAGGAGGGGCGGCGCGCACGCCUGCUGGACUCGGGCGGCCCCCACGUCGCGCCCACCCGCCGGGCCAACGCGCCGCAGCUCGGGUCACUGAGUGGCGGCCCACGGAAGAAGCCAGAUCACCGGGCUCUGGGCUCCGAGGAAGGGGGAUUCAGACGCGGAACGGGAAGGAAGGGACACAUAACCCCGCAGCGUCCCCAGCGCGGUGGGGCGGCGGAACGUGUCCUUGGGCUGCCAGCAGGCGCGCAAGCGGGAGUCCAGCAGGUUCGAGAAGAAGUGAGCGCGGAGACUUCCACCGGGUAAAGUCGGAUUAAAGAGAAAUGUGAAAAGCAACCCAGGGCAGCCAGCGGAGCCCGACAGCCUGGAAGCCACCGGCUUCCCGCUGGGAGGACCACAGUGACUGACACGCGGAGACGCGGGGCUCCCAGCGGCCGCGGGUCUGCGCGGAGGAGUCGCCUCACAGCGCGGGGCGCGCUAGCGGCGGCCAGAGCGCGAGAUGCAGCGCACAGUCCUGGGACCGUCCCGGGUGGGAAACCUCGCGGGCGGCGCUGAGCGGCGCUGACCCGGCACGGGUCCGAGGGGUGUGCCCCGGCCCCUCCCGCCUCCGCCCCCUCCCGCGCCGGUCGCGCGCCCCUCCCCGCGGCAGAGGCGGCGGCGGCGCAUCCAGGGGCGGCGCGGAGCGGAGCGGCUCGCCCAGCCCAGCAGCCAGUGCCUGCGAGCUCCGCGGCUGCUUGGGGAAUUCACUUUGCUGCUUUUCGCUUCUCCCUUCCUCAGGCUUCUUCUGAUGGCUUUCUGCCUCCGGCCCGAGUCUUUCCUUUAAAAGGAAAACUUUACCGCGAUACCCUUUUCCCCUUGGAGGAGAGGAUUAAAAGUUCCCAGAACUGGUGCCGCCGGUGCCGUUGGGGCGCUGGGAAGGUGCUCGGCGGCGGGGUUCCGGGUCCUACCAUGUGCACCAACAUAGUUUACGAGUGGCUUAAGGCGUUGCAGCUUCCUCAGUACGCGGAGUCCUUCGUGGAUAACGGCUACGAUGACCUGGAGGUGUGCAAGCAGAUCGGGGACCCGGACCUGGACGCCAUCGGGGUGCUGGCGCCCGCGCACCGCCGCCGCAUCCUGGAGGCCGUGCGCCGGCUGCGGGAGCAGGACGCCAACGCCGCCGGCCUCUACUUCACGCUCGAGCCGCAGCCGCAGCCGGCGCCCCUCGGGCCGUCCGCCGACGCCGUUCCCACCAGCCGCCGGGGGGAGCCGUGCGUCGGCCAGGCCCAGGGCACCCGCGGGGACUUCCGCGGCCACACGACCGUCCCCCGCAGCAGGGAGCUGGUGAGCUACCCCAAACUGAAGCUGAAGAUCAUGAUCAGGGAUAAGCUCGUCCGUGACGGCAUCCACCUGAGCAAGCCCCCGUACUCCCGCAAGGUAAGUGGUGUUUUAUCUUCAUUGCUUCAGGGAGUGUGGAUUUGUCUGGUAAGUGUUCAUUUUGCUGUGGUACAUGGUACUACUUCAAAGCUGCAUGUGAAUUGCCUAUGAGAACCAAAAGGCAAACCAGAAAGCGUAAGCGAACUGUGGAAAUGCUUUAGAUUGAGAAGGCUGGCGUGUGUUAAAUCUUCUUCAGAGUUUUUUAUUUUUUUCUGGGUGCUUACUUUGGAGUUACAACAUACUUUGUUCGUCGGUCUGGAAAAGAGCCCAGGGGCUGAUUAGGUGUUGAUGAAAACUUGUCUUCCAUAAAUUCUUUUUAUGUUAAUUUUCUUUUCUUUUUUUCUUUUACUUCUUUCUGCCUUUAUUGGAAUUUUUUAAAUGUCCUCCUCUCAGCUUUUGAUAAAACCAUAAAACUCCAGAUAGAGGCAUUUUGCUGAAGUUUUUGCCACUUACGUAUAUUGUGUUACUCCAGUACUUUGACUAAAUUGUUACCAAGAACCUCCUUUACUUUUCUAUUCUCCUCUUCCUGUGCCACGGGUGGUUUCAUCUGUGUGGUAUUAAUGUUCCACUGGAACUUAGCUCAAGGUGGUGAUUCAGCCUACUCUCCAACAACAUUUUUAUUAAGUUCCUGAAACAAAUAGGUCCCUACGUUUCUAGCUAUACUGACAUAGACAUUCUUUUACUGAUUUUGUCUAUAAAUUAGUGACUGAGAGUUGCUGUUUUUCUAGAUAUGUUGUUGAUACCAAGGUUCUUCCUUCCAAAGAAUGACCAAGGAGCUAUCCAGGAUGAAAAUGAGUUGCAAGGAGGAAAAAAAAAACAUGAAUCAUUUAAUUUGUGAAGUUCAUAGUCGAAUAUAUCCAACAUCUAAUUAUUUUAUUUCUUAUAACAGUUGACUCUCCCACUUUUUCGAGCUCACACACACACACACACACACACACACACACACAAUGCUAGACCACAUUGUCUUUUGAAUGGAAUUUAGAAUAUAUAUAUAUUCCAUACAGAAUAGAAUAUAGGAAAUUCUAUUUUCCUGUAUGUAAUAUCUAUAGAACUUGGUUAUCUUAUGUUAUAGGUUCAGAUUAUUGGUUCCAUUUGAAGUAAUUGUUCUUUCAAAGCAUUGAAUUUGGUUUAGCUAUAUUGUGCGGUCCUCUCCUCCACCUUCACCAUCCCAAAAUUUUGCCUUUACAUUAAUUUUAUCAUAUAUAUAUAGUUAGUUAGUUAGUUGUUUGUUUAAAGAGGCUUUUAUUUUCAAAAUACAUUAGGUCUAUUUGGUUUUGGGGGGAAGGGUUCUUUUAUUUUUUUCUUUUGAUAAUCUGACCUUAAAAUGUUUUACUUGUGUUUAUGUGUGUUUAAUAGAACAUGUUUGAGGAAGAGUCCCCAGAGGUCAACUAAAUUGCUCUUGAAAUGUUCAAAAGACCGCAGACAUAGCUUUAAAUAACCCACAUGGGAUUUUGACCCCAUGCUGUUUUCAGUCCUGCGACAGAAUUUUUCUAUUAAAGAUUCUGGAUUAAAAAGAUCAGAAAACAGGAGACAGAAAGAUGGAAGGGUGAAGGUUAGAUUUCAGACUUGCAUAGGCUUUUCUCCAGACUUUGAAGCCUAUCAGAGACCCACAGACAUGUGAACCAAGGCAUUAUUUGAACAGCUUGCUUAACAACGGGCUGAAUGGAGAACCACAUUGUAAAUUGACAAAGUUAGCCCUUGCUGAGAGUUUUUUAUUCUUUGCUUUUGACCUUAUUGGACACUGUAAAUGAAAUAUGGUGGUUCAGGUUUGAAAAGGCCAGGGGCUACUUAAUUAUACCACUUCUACGAUGGGGUAAAAAAAAUAACCAAGAGUGAACAAAUAAUAUAUUUAACUCUAACCCCUUAACUCAGAUAGCAGUAAUAUAAAUGGCUCCAAUCUGUAACCCCAGUUUGGCAAGAAAUCUUUUGUUAUUUUUCAAUUCUUUUCACUAUAUUCAGGUAAGCCAUGCAGAAAGGUCAAAGCUGGAGAGGGGGCUGAGUUUUAUUUUCACUAUAAGGAGAACUUUAUUUGAGAUAAAGUCUAUUUUUAACUUAGGUUUCGUGAUUUCUAUCAUGCUACUCCCAAUGCUUCUGCAUGCUACUUACUGCCACUCUAAAAUCAGGCACAGUAGAGUUUCUGCCAGCAAACAUAUCUAAAAUAUCCUUAUUUUUCUUAUUAAAAAAUGUCCAUCUAGGCUGUCUGUAGUAUACAAUGACCACACUGGGUUUCCACUGAUGGAUAAAAGCAACUAUAUGAUUAUAUAGUUGACAAUUGUACAACACUCAUUCUAUAUUGUUUCAGAAUUCUUUCGUGAUACUGUUAUCUAAAUGACACUAUACUUCCUCAACAUUAAAUUUUUAAUUCUAUUAGUUUCAUUUUGUUAUAUUGCAUUUCUUAUAUAAUUCAAAUAUGAUCAAAUAUAUUGUAGAAUUGGACUGAAUUAUGAAAUGCAUUGUAAUUAGUUUCUUUGCUCUAGUGACUUGUGUUAGUACUUUGCUGAUAAUGAGAAGUAUGAUUUAUCCUGGACCUCAUUAAGAUACAAUGUUAGAGCAGAAGGUAUAAGACAUGUCAGGCUCUCCAAAAACCAGAUAGAAAACCAAGAUGGAAUAUGAAGCAUGGAGUAGAAAACAAGUGUCUUAGGAGAAGGAAAAGCAUUAAAAUUUGCAAACUAUUAGCCAUGCAGAGAAAACAUAGUUUGUUUUUCUAUGACUGAUAUGAUCUUUUUGCAUUCUUACCAUACCAGGUGGGAGAAAUUGGGAUUUGCUAUUUAACAUAUCUCAAUCACCUCUUCUAAUUUGAACUAUCUUCUGCCAUCCUAAAAAACUUAGACAAAGCUUAACUUCCUGUAGGUUCUGGCUAAAGAAUAUCUGCUCUGCCUAUCUGCAGCCCCCAGCCUCAGCCUGGCCUCCUGGUACUGUACUGGUUCACAGGUGUGAGCUAGCUGGGACCCUCUCGGCUGCAUCAAGGUUGGGGCAUGGCAUUCAGACAGCUGCUGUGGACUGUGGUUUUGCCUCCCCUGGCUUGGUAUGUCCUCCUGAGGUCUAGCUAAUUCACCUUUGGCCCUGACCUGGUAUGACCACCCUGGACCCAGGCUAUCAGGGACAGUUCAUGCUGGAAAGUUCACAGCCAGCACAAGUUUCUCUUCCUAAUGGGCACAGUGGGAAUCUGGACUAUCUUCCCAGAGCAGCACAGCGAGCUCAGGUAUUAGGGACCUUAGGUUCCCUCACUGAAUCCAACCAUUUGGACCCUCCAGGUUGUUCCAGGCACUCUUUUGAAACACUCUUUCCCCGAAAACCCAAACAGGAAGCAGGCUAAAAUCCUCCUCACCCUCAAUAUUGAUCUCAGCCAAAUUCAACCAUCCUGCCUGUCAGGAUUUUGAAAUAGAGAGGGGAGGUCAAGUAUCUUUCUGUUUCCCUCGCCUCCAUAUCUUUCGCUUCCCACAGUCGUUCAGGAAAGGUAUUCUACUUCCUUUACCUCAUCUCCUAGGCCUCUUUACUCACUAAGGGCGUGUAACAAAUUCUCAGACUUAGUGGCCAGGCUAGGUGAGAGCAAAUAGGACCUAAAAUUUUUUUUCUCUCGAUUCUAACCUUUAUGACUGUUAACCCAACUCCAGGACUCUAUUUGGUCAUCAAAGGCUGAAUAUUGCCCCUUUCUUUUCUCCUUUUUUUUUUUUUUUUUUGGUUUCUUUUCUUUCGUUUCUGCUAUCACAGCCCUAAUCCCUUUUCUGUACCAGACAGGUUAGUGCAUUGGUCUCACAGAUGAGCAACUCAAGUAUGCGGAAAUGCAAACGAGGAAAGCACAUUGAAAUGCAUCUCCGACACCGUGCCUCCUUCAAGGAGAUUGGUGUGGGUUCGGGGGAUUGCGUAUUUGAUCAGCAAAAAAAUGAAAAUGAUGUUUAUUUUAUUUGACGGCUUAUGUCGGGGGCACAGAGAAAGGCUGGAGCUAGACAGAAGGGGAAUUUGUCUAGCUAGAAGGGGAGCUAGACUAAGGGUUCCAUCAUACAGAGCCACAGUCCCAAAGUGAUUUUGGCAAAGCAGUCAUUCCAUAAGAUGUUCUGUCAGACAAAGAAUAAAUUAUUUGGGAUUGCUACAUACCACGUGGCGCCUCUUAAGACUCUUAAUGUGUAUUAACAUAGAUAAUUCCUGCCACAAAAGAACAUAUAUAACACCAUUUAACCUAGGGGGGCCAUAUUCAUGUAACGCCUAUUAACAAUCCAGAAGUCUUUCCUUGAGAACUGCUGCUAGGAUAAUGAUGAAGCUAGAAACUGGUUUUGAUGAGAACCACCAGAACGAAAACAGGGCUUUAGAAAGUUCUCUUGGCUUUCCAAGGCACGCUGAUUCAUCAGUCUGAAAUGAUGAAUGUCAAAUCAGUGCUUGAGGACACAGAAUUUCUCAAAAUUGCCACCUUUAUGUAUAAGAAGUAUAAAAUGUCAACUAUUUAUGGUCACUUUGCUAUAUAGUACAAGUAAAAUACUCUUGCUUUUAUUUGAUAUAUCCAGAUUAUUAAAGAAAGUACCAACCUCCCCCCAAAAUAAUUGUUUUUGGUCAGCAGUCACUGUAUUUCCUUUGCUGGGUAGACAUGAUAUAUUAAUAGUGAUGGAUAUCAAUUAUGUAUCAAUGGCAAUGAAUAUCAACACUUUGAGCAUAACAUCAAGGUAUUACAAAAUAUUUUAUGAUAAUAUUGCUUAAACUCAGCCUUUUUUGGUAAUCUUUGUUUUUUGUUUUCCUUUUUUUGAGACAGAGCCUUGCUCUGUCACCGAGGCUAGAUGCAGUGGCGCAAUCUUGGCUCACUGCAACCUUCACUUCCUGGCUCCAGUGAUUUUCCUGCCUCAGCCUUCAAGCAGCUGGGAUUAUAGGCAUGCAACACCACACCUGACUAAUUUUUUUGUACUUUUGUAGAGAUGGGGUUUCACUCUGUUGGCCAGGCUAGUCUUGAACUCCUGACCUCAAGAGAUCCGCUGGCCUCAGCCUCCCAAAAUGCUGGGAUUACAGGCGUGAGCCUCUGCACCCUGCCCUUUUUUGGUGAUCUUUGAAAGAACCUAUGUAAAAUAAAACUUGGAGAGGCCUACAUUUCAUUUUAUAAUGAAUUAUCUCCUUUUUUAAUUGAAAAUAUUAUAGCUUUCUAUGGUAAUCAUGGUAAAAUGCCUCAGAGGGCUUUUUAUAUUAUGUUUUAUACAGCUUGACCAAUUUUAUGUUUUAAUUUUUAAUAUCUUUUUCCUGCCUUCAUAUAGUAUUCUUCUUUUUUAAUGUGCCUUUAUCCUCACUGAAUACCCUGACAUAUUCAAAACCUCCUACCAUUGUCAAUAACACUGUCACGGGCUCCAAAUUCAUCUAAUUCCAGUUUACAUUGUCAAUAAUCACUUUGUUCUCUUUUUAAAACUGUGGCACAUUUUGAAAAAUAAUUCGAUAUUUUUAAAUCUUUGUAAAACAUGAGAGUCCACUGUAAAUCUUUCCUUUACCAAAGGUGGUUUAUUCAGCUACAACUUCUAUCAUUGGGGUUUUUUUUUUCCUCUUUCUUCCUUUGGCCAUGUCAGCCAUUUGACUAUCAGAAAUGCUGUCAGGAAAAACAAAUGGAUAUGAAAUUGGAAGACGAAGGUUUGUAGGGAAAGACUAAAAGGAUCAUGAAACAUCAGGGCUGAAAAAUACCUUAGAGAACAGCCUAGUGUUCUGUUUACAUCAGCCUAAUUUUGGCUACCAAUUCAAUUCUCUUCCUAUUGCAUCAAACUGAGUUUUAAAGAACUAUGAAGACUAUUUGGUGAUUAUGUUAAUCUCCAAUUCUGCCUAUUUUUUACUAUGUUAAAAUCAGACAAAAUAUAGAACAUAGAGUUACACUUAUGCCUAACAUCAUAAUAUGCCUUCAGUUAGUAACAUACUUCAGUUAGUAACAUGUGUAGGUGAGCUUGUUAUCAUUUGAAAUCCAAAUAUUUAUGUGUAUAAUGUGUAAAAUUUUUCAAAUAUGGACUAUAACAUAUCCAGUGGUUUGUCUAUGCCAAUAAUACAUCUUUGGGUACCCAAUUUUAAGUGCAAUACAUUUUUCUAGUUGAUGUCCCAAGAAAUGACCUAUAAUCAUGAUGAAGUUUGAACUUCACAUUGCAAAACAUAAUCAUCAUUGCUAGAAAAAAUUAAAACCAUCAAAACUUCUAUCAUAGAAACAACCAAAAGAAGUUCUCAGUAUAUUUUUAUAGACAAACCACUUUGGAAAUUUCACAGAUAAAAUAACAUCAGCUUGUUGACAGAAUGAGCUACCAAAAAGGCACCCCAGAAUGGGCCGUAACAUAACUUGUUACCAAUGUAACUUACACUGUAAUUUAAAAGUGUAUAUGUGGUCAAAUAUUUUUCCUUUGUUUUCACUGAAGUAUUUUCAUUCAGUAAAUAGUCAUUGUUUAAUCACCUUCGUGUUUUAAGCUCGAAUUAUAUUGAAACCUAUUUAAUAAGUAAAAUAAUUUAUAUUCCUACAAUUAUAUUUAAAAAAAGAAGUCUUAAAUUGAGUAAAAUCCAUUUUAGGAUACCAGGUUGAAAAACAGCAACUUAAUGAUGAGACACAGUCCUGAGUGCACAGUGAUAUUUUGGUCAGCAGUGGACCACCGGCAGGAUAGUGAUGGUCCCAUAAGAUUAUAAUGGAGCCGAAACAUUCUUAUCUCCUAGUGACAUAGUAGCCAUUGUCACAUUAUAGCACAAUUACUUUAUUUUUAUAAACUUAUUGUGCCCUAAGUGUACAGUGUUUAUAAAACCUAAAGGAGUAUACGGGAAUGUCCUAGGCCUUCACAUUCACUCACCACUCACUGACUCACCAAAGCAACUUCCAGUCCUGCUAGCUCCAUUUGUGGUAAGUGCCCUGUACAAGUGUACCCUUUUAAAUCUUUUAUACCACAUUUUUACUGUACUUUUUCUAUAUUUAAAGACACGAAUACUUACCAUUGUGUUGCAACUGCCUACAGUAUUCAGUACGGUAAUAUGUGAUACACGCUAAUAGGCUACGUAUGUAGAAGGUCAUACGAUCUAGGUUUGUGUAAGUAAUCUCUAUGACACUUGCAUGGUGAAAUUGCGAACAAUGAAUUUCUUAGAACAUAUCCCUAUCAUUAAGAGAUGCAAUACUGUAUUGGAUACUAUCUUCUUCUUCUUUUUUUUUUUUUUUUUGAGAGGGAGUUUUGCUCUUGUUGCCAAGGCUGGAGUGCAAUGGUACAAUCUCAGCUCACUGCAACCUCCACCUCUUCAUGUCAAAUAUGUUCACACUUGGAGGGUUAGCUAUGAGUUUUUUCAUUUAUGAAGACAAUUUUAUGAAAUUCUCGAAUUAUUUAAGAGAACUCGUAGUGGUAAAUUCUGUAGCUUUGUAUAACGCUAACUAAACCGAUGAGGACUGAAGAAAGAUUGCAGGCUGUUGUAAUUCUAUAAUGCCUUAUUUUAGUAACAACAUUUAACUCCCCUUGUUGGAAGUGAACAAAGAAUAAAUUAGAGGUGACUUUAUCUUGUUAAAUUAUAGGUGUUAAUUUUGAUUGCAGUUCACCCGAGAGCACUUAGCUGAAGUAUUUACCUGCAUUAAUUUACACGAUACACACCCCAACUGUAAUAGAUUAAAAGUCUGCAUUUAAAAAAUAGUUACAUCAUUUCUUAACAUUUUAUUACUUGCUGAUAGUAUUUCAAGGCAAUUGUGUGUUUCAUUUUGUUGUCUCAAUAAGCUCUAAAGCCUAAUACUUUUGUUUAAUGUAAAAAUUAAGGCUUCAGAAUCACCAUAGUGAUUAUUUCCUAUGGAAAAAUGUAUUAUUUCUCAGAUUUUAAAUUGCUCAAGGGCAUAAAAAAGUAUUAAAAAAUAAUUUCAUAGAUCAUAAUAAAGUCGAUGUUUUAUAUUGUUUUUUACAAAAUGUAAAAUUAAUUUGAGCA